UGAUUUGACGUCUUCAUGUUGGUACUCUUGGCACUUGACGGCUGUCAAAACUGGCAUCGGAAGGACGUGACGUCAUAUGAGUCUUUUCCACACGUUUUCGUAGGGACCGACAGCCGUGAAUCUAAGCACAGAAUGGGUCGUGUACGUACCAAGACGAUCAAGAAGGCCUCUAAGGUCAUCAUCGAGAAAUACUACACUCGAUUGACCAUGGAUUUCGACACGAACAAGCGCAUUGUCGAAGAGGUGGCCAUCAUUCCGACGAAACCACUGCGUAACAAGAUCGCUGGUUUUGUAACCCAUCUGAUGAAGCGUCUGCGUCAUUCGCAAGUGCGUGGUAUUUCGAUCAAGCUCCAGGAGGAAGAACGCGAACGUCGCGACAACUACGUGCCGGACGUGUCUGCACUGGAGCAGGAUAUCAUUGAGGUCGAUCCGGAGACGAAGGAGAUGUUGAAGCAUCUGGACUUCAACAACAUCGUCGUACAGCUGACCAACCCGGCCGCUCCAGGAUACAGCAAUCGACGCAACUAAGGUCGCGCUGGCCCAAAAUUGUGUUUUGAGCUGUAUCGUGUAAGAUUACUGUAACUGGAUUGGUCUUUCCCGUAAACGCCACGAUGUGAAGAUUGUGUGUGUGUGCAUGAAAACUACGCGGAAUACAGGAAAAACCGAUGUAAACCACCAAGCAGUGUGCGUUCGUAAAGGAAA